CUCUCUCGGGUGGAUUCGGACUUUUGGUGACUUCUUUUUUUUUCAUCCCUCGCACCAACAUGGACGUGUUGGCGAAUUAUAGUAUUUUUCAGGAACUCCAACUCGUGCAUGACACUGGUUAUUUCUCCGCGAUGCCUUCCCUGGAGGAGAACUGGCAGCAGACAUGUCUAGAGUUGGAACGCUACCUACAGACAGAGCCCAAGCGACUCUCGGAGCUAUUUGACGAGGAGCUGGACUGCCUCCUAACGCCGGCCUUCAUGCAGGGUGGCGACAGUGAUGAGGACCUCAUAGAUCCCCUUCUUCCCAGUCUCCCCGACCAGCCCAGCCCACCUCCUCUACUGGUCUCCCUCCCCAAGGUCCAGGCCAAGAUCCUCCAGGCUCCCCAUCCCAACAAGAGCCAGGCAGAAGCAGAAACCGGAGCCCUCACGACCAAGGACCAAGUCCCGGGAGGCGUCAGCGCCGUGCAGCUCAGCGCCGCCGUCACGUCCCUAACGCCGCCGUCAUCGCCGGAGCUCGGCCGCCACCUCGUCAAACCCACACAGACGCUCACCGCAACGGCAGACGGCACGCUCACGCUUAAACUGGUGGCAAAGAAGGUGGGGUUGGGGGCAGCGAAGCUGGUGGCGGCGCGGGCCCUGCCCUCCCCGCCAAGCCGAGGAGGAGCCCUCAGUGACAGUGAGCAGGGAGGAGGAGGAAGCCUGGGAGGAGACGUACCGGAGAACAAGAAGAGAGUCCACCGCUGCCAGUUUAACGGCUGCAGGAAGGUAUACACCAAGAGCUCCCAUCUGAAGGCACAUCAGAGGACCCACACAGGUGAGAAGCCCUAUAAAUGUUCAUGGGAGGGCUGUGAAUGGCGUUUUGCCCGGAGUGACGAGUUGACGCGACACUACCGCAAACACACCGGGGCCAAGCCAUUCAAGUGUAACCACUGUGACAGGUGUUUCUCCAGGUCCGACCACCUGGCCCUGCACAUGAAGAGGCACAUCUGAGGCAAAACGAGGGAGGAAGAAGGACGAGAGAGGAGGAGGAGGAGGAGGAAAAGGAGACGGAGGAGAGACAGGAGGAGAGAGGGGAUGGGGAGUCGAGCUACCAGCCACCCGCUUCAGUUCGCCCUAUCCAGACACCCACGCACGCCCCACACACACACACACACACACACACACAUACACACACACAUACACACACACACACACACACACCAUCGCCUGGAGGGCAACGCGUCCGCCUGAGAAAACCAACGUCACCAGACUCAGACGGAUGGACGUUCAAUCAUGGAGUAAAAAAGCGAGAAGGAGCUAGAAGUUGUUUUUCUUUGAAAUCAUGCAUCCACUCACAUGCAAUAGCAACCGCUUUACAUGCCCUUCUUUUAUUGCAUCAUCCCGGUGAGCCCCAGCCGCUUCCAUUCGGCUCGGGGGUUUGGACACUGCCACGCCAAUAACCUACUCUAACAAGCAUUACACGACCUUUUCCUUUUUUUCUCUGUAUUCAGUGUGUUUUUUACCGUGCACCCGACCGGGGGAAGGGGAUAGCCCCGUCGGACAGACCUGCUCAACUUCACAUAUCCAAAUAUUUCAGAUUUAGUGCUUUAAAGACAUAAGGACCGGCUUUUUCUUUUACUUUUUUUUUUUUGGCUGACACGGAACAUAAACCAUCACCUGCUGCACUUAAAAGUCAGUUUCUACAGGAACAAAACAACAAUGCCAAAUGUGCAGGAGAGAGACUGCAAGAAUGACUUCCAACAUGGCCGACACUGAAAACCCCCAGGGCUCCGACCGCCGCGGGGUCUCGGUCACAGGGUGGCGCUGCAGCUCUCAGGCUCUCCUCCAGUGGGUGAUUGUAUCUCUCACCUUCACUAAACAUGCCUGCCACCUCCACAGGCGAUCUGACAGAAAUGCGCAGCGACACUUUCUUGCCUUUGUUUUCUAUUUUAAAGGAGAAAAAAAAACAAAAAAAAGAGACGAUGAUUCCUAUUAUUGUUGUUGUUACGGAGAACGAUGCUUUCUGUUUGUUCUUUCUCUCUCUUCGGAGGAAAUGUCUUAAAACUCGCCGAGCUGGACCGCGAUCGGAGCGAAAAGAGCGAAAAAAGAUCCGUUUUGACUUGCAAUGAGACGGAAUGUGUGGGAUGGAAAGGGAAGCGUUGCUGGUCUCUCAAUCCCCCCGUGCGCACAGGCUUUGCUCUGCCAUUGCAAUCUGUGGGCAACCAAUGGAUGAGGAAAAAAAAAAAUUGGAAUCACACAGAACUAUGAAAAAAGGGAUUUGUAUUUUUGGCCUAAAGUGAAAGCGGAAAGAAAGGCCUUCUGUUUUUCAUUCGGCUCUUUCUGCCCCGCGAUCCAUUCCAGCAGAGAAACAAAACCCUGGCGUGACCCUCCAUGCCCCUUCCGAAAGCCAGCCAAGGAGGCAGAGGGCUCUCUGAAAACUGGAAACCUGUUGUUUUUUUGGCUUUGUGUUGAUUCUGGAAGUCAUCUUCGAGCGCUAUCGCAGACUCUGAGAUCUCGCCUUCCUGGUUGGCGGGGGGGGAGGGAGACGAAAGAGUUGUUUGGCUGUUCCUCUGGGACGACAGUAAAGACACCAACCCGCCUCUGUGCGCUGGUGCAGAAUGGACACGGUCACAUCAGCCUGGUCAAACUUGCCUGUUUUCGUAUCCAUUGUCCGCACUGACUUUUUUUCAAUGUUAUCUGUGCUUUUUAUUCUACAGAUGAAAAAAAAAUGCAGAAAAAAAGAAUACAAAGGAAAAAAAUGUCAUAAAAAGACUCAAAAAAAGAAAAAAAAAAUACACAAAAAACAAUUGUCUCGCUUUACACAUUGCAUACUGAACAGGCACACAUACGCCAUGAACAUGCAGCACACGCUCGUGCACGCACACACACACAUGCACACACACAUACACACACACACACAAGGCAGUUUCAUUGCUCAUGGUUCCUCUUUUGAGAUAAGACUAAAAAGAUUUAGGAAAAUAAUUAUCAAAGUAAUGAACAGAGUUGGAAAACAAAACACUGCAUGACAGGCUUUAUCACACACACACACACACGCACACAUGCAGGCAUACACACACACACAGACACACACACUUUCUGGAAUUAUAUGUUCUGCUCCCAAAUCUUUUUUCACAGUAGGAAUUUAGCAACUGUUGUUUAGUAGAAGACUAUCUUAGCGCUCAGCUGGAGGUAACAAACUAACAAAAUCCUUUGAAGUGAAAAAUGAGCUUGUUCCCAGUUCAAUCACCCACAUAUCCAACAUGAGACCCGUUUUCCUUGCUGGAUGGCUACAAUCAACUGCAGGAAAAAAAAAAAAAAAAAAAAAAAAAAAAAUCAACAGUAAAACCUUGCCUUGCUAC